UAUAUAACCAAACGACACUAUCCAUUUGAGUCAAACUCCACCGUGGUCCGCCACUCACAGUCAAUCAGAUUUCCGGUCACCUACUUGAAGCUUCAAUUUAUCAAACCCUAACCUCAUUCGUUAGUUUAGGAAUUUUCACACCAGCAUGAAAACUCGCAAUGCCGGCGUUCCUAAACCGUCGACGACCGCAAAGAAAACGCCGCCGGCGAGAAAAUCCGCUUCCAAAGCACAGCCGUCUCCGUCAGUAGAGACUCCUAAAACCGUCGAGACAAAGCGGACUUCUGCCAGAGCAGCCAUGCAGGUCAAGAAGACUGAAACCGCUCCCGUUACUGCUUCAAAGCGCCGUCAAUCCUCAGCCGAGGACUCGGCUGGUGGUGCUAAGGGGACACUAGGCACUAAAGUUGGUGUGGGAACUUCACCAAUAGGGAGAAGGACUUCCGGGAGAGCAAAGGCACCGGCAUCGGUGUAUGUUUCAGCACAGGCACAGUCUGCUAAGGCAAAAGGAAAUGCAUCGAAUAAGAAGAAAAAGGUAGAUAUCAAGGAUGUGGAGUUCACAGAGGAGGAGGUCAUGGCUGAGUUUGAUGGAAAACCUGCAGGGUUGGAAGAAACAGCUGUGGGGGAAGAAGUACCAGCCGUUGAGAAUGUUGGAGUUUCUGCAACAGAUGAAAAAGGUGCUGUCAGAGUAGAACUGGAUCCUAGUGAAGAUGAAGAGGAUCCUAUUGAGAUGGAAGAAUCUGUAGUUAAGGAGGUUGCAAAGUCUUCAGAGAAUGUGCCGCGCUGUGAUGAAGGGGAUCCUGUUGAAGUAGAAGAAUCUGUGAUUGAGGAGGUUGCAAAGUCUUCAGAGUGUGUGCCGCUGUGUGAUGAGGAGGAUCCUGUUGAGAAAGAAGAAUCUGUAGUUGGGGAGGCUGCAAGGUCUUCAGAGAAUGAACCACCCUGUGACAAAGAAAGUCCUGUUGCGAUAGAAGAAUCUGUAACCGAAGAGGUUGCAAAGUCUUCAGAGAAUGAACUGCCCUGUGACGAAGAUCCUGUUGCGAUAGAAGAAUCUGUAAUAGAGGAGAUUGCAAGGUCUUCAGGAAAUCAGCCGGCCUGUGAUAUAAGACAAUCUGUAGUUGAGGAGGUCGCAAGGAAUUCAGAGAAUGAGCCGCCCUGCGCUGAAGAGGAUCCUACUGAGAUAGAAGAGUCUGCAAUUGAGGUUGUUACAAAGUCUUCAGAAAAUAGAUUACCCUGCGAUGUAAGAGAAAGAGUGGAAGUGAAAGCAGAACAGAAGGCAGAGUCUAAGGAUAAUGAUAGUAAUGAGGAGACCUCUUUUGAGCCUGCUAACAAGUUACAAAAUGACAAAGCAAGGUUACAAGGAGAAGAUACUGAUCUUCCAAAAGAGAUGUAUGCUGUUGAUGAGGAAAUGGAAUAUGGUGAGAAAAUUGAUCUGGGAGAACAUGGAGAGGAAGAACUUCCGGCAGAUGAUGCAGAGGAUCAUGAAGAAGAAACUGAGACAUUGGAGGAUGAACGCCAGCAGUUGACAGCCAUCGCAAAGGAGCGCAAGAUAAAGAAAGAGCGGGAGGUAUUUCUUGAUGGUCUUGAUCCGGAUGUUGAGGAGGAAGACGUGAGAAGGGUCUUUGAGAGGAUUGGAGGGAUAGUUGAGGUUAGGUUACAGAAGAAUCCUUCAACUAAUAAGAAUAAGGGUUAUGCAUAUGUGGAGUUCAAAGAUAAGGAGCAUGUGAGGCGUGCUUUGUCUGAAAUGAAAAACCCUGCUAUUCGAGGGAAACGAUGUGGGACAGCACCCAGUGAGGACAAUACCACGUUGUUCAUAGGUAACAUCUGCAAUACGUGGACAAAGGAAGCUAUUAAACAAAAACUAAAGGAUUAUGAGGUUGAAGGCAUUGAGAACAUAAACCUUGUCCCGGAUAUUCGACGUGAAGGGUUGAGCCGAGGUUUUGCAUUUGUUGAGUUCUCUUGUCAUGGUGAUGCUAUGCUUGCAUACAAGAGGCUUCAGCAGUCUGAUGUUAUAUUUGGCCACCCUGAAAGGACUGCGAAAGUGGCCUUUGCUGAACCUAUAUGUGAGCCUGACCCUGAGGUCAUGGCCCAAGUGAAGUCAAUAUUUGUGGAUGGGCUUCCACCUCAUUGGGAUGAGAAACAGGUUAGAGAGCAAUUUAAAUGCUAUGGAGAAAUAUUACGUGUUGUUCUGGCCCGAAAUAUGUCUACAGCCAAGCGGAAAGAUUUUGGAUUUGUUGAUUUCUCUAGCCACGAGUCUGCUGUGGCAUGUGUUAAUGUUGUAAACAAUACACCACUGAGUGAUGGGCAUUUAAAGAUAAAAGUGAAAGCAAGACUUUCAAAUCCUUUGCCUAAAACUCAGGCUGUGAAGGGUGGAAUACGUGGUGGAUUUCGAAUUGGCCAUGGUGGCAGCGGUGUUUCAAGAUUUGGUAGGGAUUUUGGUCGCAGUGGACACACUUCCAAUCGUGCAAAUUUCCAACAUGACAGACAUGUUUAUGACGGUGGACGUGGUCAAACUGCGAGGAUGGGUUUCAAUCAGCAUAACUAUGAUUAUCCAUAUGCUGAGUUUCGUGGACGAGGGGGCAGAAGGGGCUUUUUUAGAGGUGGUCAAUUUUCAUCUGGUGGAGGUUCUGGAGUUGCUUCCCCAUCACCAAGACCUUAUGUUGAUAGAUCUUCGCAUGGUGCCCCUGAUAGAGGGCGAGGUAUGCCUGCUCCUUUUAGGAGGCAUCCUUAUUCUCCAGAAGGACACUUUGAUGGGCCACAUAUGAGGGGUCACUUUGAUGGGCCACACAUGGGGGGUCACUUUGAUGGGCCACACAUGGGUGGUCACUUUGGUGGGCCACACAUUGGUGGUCACUUUGGUGGGCCACACAUAGGUGGUCACUUUGAUGAACCUUCUUUUUAUGAUGAACGUGAUAGAACACAAGGCAUCAAGCGCCCAUUUCAUAUGAGAGACUAUGAUCCUGAUUACUUGGAGCCUAGUAGACAUCGGCCACGAUUGAAUUAUAAUGAUCCAACAGCUUCAUUUCGCGGAAACCAUUAUAGUGAUACUUAUGGAGCUGGUAGCAGUCUCUACCCUCAUGAAUAUUAUGGUCCUGAAUCGCAUUAUGGUCCACAUUCAUCUUAUUAUGGGCGCAAUCAAUCAUAUGGUGGGGGUCGCUACUAUUAGACCCUAGAACUAUUCGGUGGACAUGAAUCUUUAGGAUGCAGUGUUCAAGGACGGACAAGUGGCUUGCUGUGCCUGUUAGAAAUUAGUUGCAUAUUUCUUUUCUCUCUCUUGCCUUUAUCCUGCUUUUCCUCAUAUUAUCCAUCUUCUUUACCUAACAGUUGUUUUUUGAGAAAAUUUGGGUAGGGAUUUCCCAAGUUUUGAUGUUUGUAGUUUAGGACCUUAGGUAGUGUCUAAGGGCCUUUAUUUAGAAACUAGUAAUUAUUUGUAUGAUGGAGGUUGAGAGAGAUUUACCCCUUUAGCCUAGGCCUGGACAGCUUGACGAACUUUGUUAUGACUGUUCUUCUGAAGUUAAGAUGCUUGUAUGAUCAUGGUUAAUUUUGUGGUUUAAAGGAAUGAAGUUUGGUUAUUGGAAGUAAAA